GCCCUCGUCCACCAGCGAUGCGAUCACGUGAUGUGUGGUAGACAAGAGACUUAUCUUGACCUGAUUUGUGCUCUUCGGAAUGUCCUCGUCUUUGGCCGGAAGACUUCGCAUGGUGAUGAUGAAGCGGUAAAACAAGUCUGUGGGAAUGCCGGGCGCAGAGUACGGGGAGCUCGGGGGCAGCCUCCCCGCCAUCGCCUCCCUGAAUGCCUCCUACUCCACGACGCUGUCCCUCCCGUCCCCGUACAUGCUGCUGCCGCCCGCCAAACGCAAGGCCAUCUCGGACGUGCGCCGCACCUUCUGCCUCUUUGUGACCUUUGACCUGCUCUUCAUCUCCCUCCUGUGGAUCAUUGAGCUCAACAUAUCCAGCACCAUUUGGGAAAGCCUAGAAAAUGAGGUCAUCCGCUACCACUUUAGGUCCUCCUUCUUUGACAUCUUUCUGCUGGCUCUGUUCCGGUUCCUGUGCCUGCAGGUGGGCUACGCCGUCUUUCGCCUGAAGCACUGGUGGGUCAUAGCGGUCACCACGCUCGUGACCAGCGUCUUCCUCGUUGUGAAGGUCAUUAUUUCUAACCUGCUGUCCCAGAAUGCAUUUGGCUACGUGCUGCCCAUCACCUCCUUCGUGGUGGCUUGGCUGGAGACCUGGUUCCUGGACUUCAAGGUGCUCACCCAGGAGGCAGAUGAUGACAGAGCGUACCUGGCGGCAGUGAACGCGGCCUGCGAGCGCGCCCCCAUGAUGUACCCCCGCGCCUUGUCGGACGGACAGUUCUACUCGCCGCCUGAAUCGGUUGCAGGCUCUGAGGAAGAUCUCGACGAGGAGGGCCUCGGCCGGCGUGCCGUCACCGCUCAGGAGAAGGAGUAUGUGGGACAAGGACACGAGGCUCUCACCAUCGUCGAGCAGAUCCUCGCUCAGGAGGACAACUGGAAGUUUGAAAAGAACAACGAUGCCGGCGACUCGGUCUACACCCUGGAGAUUCCGUUCCAUGGCAAGACUUUCAUCCUCAAGGCCUUCAUGCAGUGUCCGGCUGAGCUGGUGUACCAGGAAGUGAUCCUGCAGCCUGAGAAGAUGGUCAUGUGGAACAGAACCGUGUCAGUCUGCCAGAUCUUGCAGCGGGUGGACGACAACACGCUGGUGACGUACGACGUCUCGGCCGGGGCGGCCGGAGGAGUCGUAUCCGCCCGAGACUUUGUCAACGUCAGACGGGUGGAGCGUAAACGCGACUGCUACCUGUCGGCCGGCAUGGCCACCGAACACGACGCCAAACCUCCCGGCGGGCGUUACGUCAGGGGGGAGAACGGGCCUGGGGGGUUUGUGGUCCUCAAAUCCAGCAGCAACCCGUCCGUGUGCACCUUCAUCUGGAUCCUCAACACUGACUUGAAGGGUCGACUACCCCGCUACCUCAUCCAUCAGAGUCUCGCCGCCACCAUGUUUGAGUUCAUGUCACACCUCCGCCAGCGCAUCGCCGACCUGCGUCCCGCUGGGCGCUGCCAUCACCAGCGCUAACACUUAAGAUGGCACAGUGCCCGCCCCCGGAUAUCAGGUGCCAUUUACUAAAUACACGCAGAGGACACGUGAGAACAUAUUGGCGUUCCGGCCUUCCUCUUCCUCUUCCUUGCUUGUUACAAAACGACUUUUCUCUGAGCCUUAGCUUCUUUUUGCACACAAUCUUUUUUUAUUAUUAUUUUUAUUCACAUCAUGUGUGGCUGCCACUCUUUUUGCUAACGAUAAAACAGCCCACACUUGCGAUGUGAUGGUUGUCCACUCGGCCACAAGAGGGCGACACCACCAAAAUGUGCUUAGCUUCUUGCCCAGGGUGCAAAAAAAAAAAACAAAAAAGCGUCUGCCUGUGUAAUUUGUGGUUAAAGAAGUAUAUAGCCAUUGUAUCUAAGAGCCUGAGGCCACAUAACAAAGUGAUGACUGGAAAAGGUUGCGUAUUGUUUUUUUGUUUUUGUUUUUCGGGCCAAUCAGGAGCAAGGAUUCCUCGACGCUCGCAAAUAUCGCCGAGCUCCCCAACGGCGUCAGGUGGCCUUGUAGCGAGCUCGUUACUCCUCUCAGUAGAUGUUCCCAGUUGGGAGUUUGGGAGUGGUGAUCAUGUGAUGAGCCUUGCUAAGGAACACUUGGUUCUUCUCCCGGGCAGACAUGUGAGUGUGGAGGAAUGUCAAAGAAACGAGCCGUAUCGACAUUUUUAUUUUUUUUUUUUUUGGUGCCUUUAUCGCUGCCACGUUUUUUUUUUGUGCUUUUCCUUUUAAAACACACACGCUGUUAAACAAUCUUUUUAAUACGGUUACACGCAUCACACUGAGGCGUUGUGUAAACGCCUGGUUUACAGCAUCAUUUAAAGUCAAACUGACCAACUCUUUGUUUUUUUUUUAUUUUUAGCUAGUGUCUAAUAAAUGCAUUAUGUCAUGGU